AUGGCUACCUUACUGUCCCUUGUAUUUGGCUUUGCCUGCUUGGCACUACAUGGUCUGUCUUCGGCGGCUCCACCAGAUAUCAACAACAAGACUUACGAAUACAUCGUUGUUGGUUCUGGCCCUGGAGGUGGGCCACUCGCAGCGAACCUUGCAAAAGCAGGGCAUUCCGUGCUCCUCCUUGAAGCUGGAGAUGAUCAGACGGAGAACUUGAACGUUUCGCAAUGGGUCAAUUUCAAUGCCGCUGGCAAUGAUCCCGCGACGAGAUGGGACUUUUUCGUCAAGCACUCGAACGACGCAGCGCGAGAGGCUCGGUACCUCCAUCGCACGUGGAGGAGGACAGACGGCGGUUUCUAUGUCGGUAUUGACCCGCCCACCGGCGCGAAGCCACUUGGUAUUUACUAUCCUCGCGCUGGGACACUUGGAGGCUGUGCAAUGCAUAAUGGAUGUCUAACGAUGAACCCUGAUGACGUUGACUGGAAUGGUAUUGCGGAAACUACUGGCGACGAGUCAUGGUCAGCAGAGAAUAUGCGCAAAUACCUCGUCAAACUCGAGAAAGCACACUACAACAGCUCCUACGUACACGGUCACAAUGGCUGGCUUGACACAACUAUGCUAGAUUCAGGAUACGCAGGUUUCGAGGACGCGAGAGAGCUGAUUACCCUCGCUGCCCAGGCCGCAGGCUACAAGGCAUCCGACACCAUCAGCCUACUAACGCGUGACAUGAACGGCAACCAGACAAACCGCGACAAUCUUGUUGGGCCAUUUGGCGGCGUCAGCCACAUCAAUCCGAACGGCCGCCGCUCUUCCCCAGGAUACUACGUACGAGACACUGUUGCCAAAAACAAGUACCCACUAACCCUCUCGCUCGAUACCCUCGCCACAAAAGUUAUCUUCAAGAGCACUGGCACCGCUCCUCGAAAGAAGGCUGCUGGCAUCGAAUACCUCCAAGGAAAAUCUCUCUAUUCUGCUGACCCUCGCUCUAACGCAAAUGCCACCGGUAGAGCCGGCAAGGUCUACGCCUCCCGCGAGGUAAUCAUCUCAGGCGGCGCCUUCAACAGCCCACAACUGCUCCUCUUAUCCGGCAUCGGCCCCCGCAAACAAUUAGAGAAAUUCAGAAUACCCGUCAUCGCCGACCUUCCCGGCGUAGGCCAACAGCUCGCCGACAACUACGAAGCUGGCAUCCUGUCCCUCGCCAACCGCGCUGUCAAUGUCGGCCAGAACAUCUUCCCAAACUUCUUUAAGAGCAGCGUCGGCAAGAUCCGUGAUAUUUACAUGUGGUGCGGGAAUUUUGCUUUCGAGGGGUUCUGGCCCGGCUUCCCCAACAUCCCGGAGAAGAAUUUCACUGGAGAUUAUGGCCCAAAGGAGUACGAAUGCGCACUCGUGCACAUGAACCCGAGAAGCCAAGCUGGAACCAUCGAGCUACAGUCGACGAAUCCGCGAGAUGUUCCUGUCAUCAAUCUGAAUUUCUUUAAGGAUGGUGCUGACGAGGAUCUAACGGCCAUAUAUGAGGGUGUAGAGUGGGUAAGAUCGUGGCUGUCGAAGGUCAAUGCGUCUGAGCCGACCUCACUUGCGCCAUUCGAAGAGAAGCACCCCUGUGAUGGCACCAUUGGGAAGCAGAAUUGCACGGCGGCCGCGCAGAAGAUGUAUAUCAAGGAGCAAGCGUACAGUCAUCAUGCUUCCAGUAGCGCUCGUAUAGGCGCGGAUGAUGAUCGGUAUGCGGUUUUGGAUAGUGAGUUCAAGGUGCGAAAAGUGACUGGAUUGAGGGUUGUAGAUGCGAGUUCGUUCCCGAAGGUGCCUGGUGGUUUCCCGGUGCUUCCUACGAUGAUGAUUAGCGAGAAGGCUACGGACGUGAUCUUGCAAGGCUUGGCUGACGAGCAGUCGAAAGCACAGUAG